AUGACUUCGACUUCUGCCUCGCCACCGCCAUCACCUCCACCACCAUCACCUCCACCACCAUCGCCGCCUCCUCCACCUGCAUCUCCUCCUCCAUCUCCUCCUCCGUCCCCUCCUCCGUCACCACCACCGUCUCCACCACCGUCACCACCUCCACCUCCACCGCCGCCGUCACCACCGCCAUCACCACCGUCACCACCGUCACCACCAUCACCACCAUCGCCACCAUCAACUCGAGCCUCCGCCAUCACCGCCGUCCCCGCAGUCACCUCCGUCACCUCCAUCACCACAAUCGCCUCCAUCGCCGCCGUCACAACCACCGUCGCAUCCACCGUCUCCGCCAUCUCCUCCAUCUCCACAAUCACCGCCACCACCGCAGCCAUCGUUCGUAUCACAGCCGCCUCCAUCACAGCCUCCACCAUUUCCUCCACCACCGUCGCCGCCACCACCGCAGUCUCCACCGCAAUCCCCACCACCGCCAUCACCGCCAUCACCGCCAUCGCCGCCAUCGCCGCCAUCGCAACCACCGUCGCCGCCGCCACAUCCGCCAUCACCACCGCCACCACCACAGCCCGCAUCGCAACCACCGUCUCCCCCAUCACCGCCGCCAUCACCUCCGCCAUCACAACCCCCAUCGCAGCCACCACCAGCGUCACAACCUCCAUCCCCUCCACCACCAUCCCCACCACAAUCUCCACCGCAGUCUCCUCCACCAUCUCCUCCGCAAUCUCCACCGCAGUUUCCCCCUCCGUCUCCACCGCAAUCUGCAUCACCUCCAUCACCACCAUCACCACCAUCCUCUUCGCUGCUGCUGCUGCUGCUGCUGCUUCUUCUGUACCUCUGAGCUAA